UUGCCGCCGUCCGAUCGUUUCAAUUGCUCUAACCUCUAGUCCCUCUUUAUAAAGCCUAUGGUAAUAUAAUGUUUACUUCUCGGUAAUGGUCAAUUUCGACGAUAGACGACUCUAAUGGCGCCGUCCGACCAACUGGCCACUACCGUUCCAGGCCGCCCGAAGCCACCCUCAGCUACCCCAGAAGGACACAAGGUCACCGCAGAAGCAGAAGCAGAAAAAGCACCGCGAGCGGUGGUGACGACGAGUAUAACCGCAGGAGCAGGGAAGUGGGAGGCGGAUAAAUCACCACCAUUGGAGUUUCGCGGCUUCGAUUUCUUUGCUAAUCGCGACUUUAACGAGCUGAAGAAUGCGUCGCGGGCCUAUUUUGCGCCUUCUGCCAACCCUGAAAGGCGUCAACGCCUACCAUCCACGUGGUUAGGCGAUGCGACACCCCCUAGCAGCCCGCGACCCUCCGACGAAGGGCCCUCCGCUGGAGGGGACAGGCUUCCCGCCCCGCUCCGUGGACAGACGCCUCCAGGAGAGAAGAGAAUAAUAGGGUUGAAGAGAAACCAAUUCUGGUGGCUGGUGGCAUUAAUAUCGCUCCUGUUAGUUAUUGCAAUCGGGGUUGGAGUUGGUGUCGGGGUCGGUAGAGGGGUGUCGCAAAGUUCUAAUGAGGCUGCUGUUGCUGGUAUUGGUGCCGCUUCAUCGUCAAGCCUAUCUUCAAGCUCAAUCACGUCAGCAAAUACCGGCAUCUCGACGACAUCCACCUCUAGCCCCUCAAAGACCAGUACUACGUCGAGUUCCACCCCCACCGGUAAUGCCGAGGGAAAGAUUGACUGCCCAGCUGCUAACGGGACUACCUACCAAGUUCCCGGUUCCGAUAAGCGAUUCUUACGAAUUUGUGGUAUAGAUUAUAGCGACGACGAAUCAACAAAUCUGCGCCAGGUUCCUACGGAGAGCAUAUUGGACUGCAUGAAAAACUGUGCCGGGACUGCUGGGUGCACCGGUUGCGGCUGGGGCUAUAUUGAGGGCGAUACGGGGACCCAGCACACCUGUUGGCUGAAGGGCGGGUUAAAGAAGCCUCACGAUACCGAUAUCAAUUGGGCCUUUGCCAAACUUCUAUGAGCGGAUUAGGAGAUAAGGAUACGUUGGUUGCGAAUGCUGCUGGAUCGAAUGUAAUGGUACUAGUAAUCACGUUCUACGUUCUACGUAGUAGAGAUAGUAAGGCAUGAUACCCCUUAACAAUAAUGAUACCCACGGUAAAGUAAUACCUUGGCGGGUAACGGGCGUGCUUGUAUCCGGAGAUUUAAAUUCUUUGCUAUUAUAUCAC